AAGCAGAGGCGCAAGUGCGCGUGCGCGUGCCGAAGUGAACAGCGGCCCUUUGGCAGCCGAGAGAGCAGCUGCGCCGCCGCCGCCAGUGCGGGGAGCGUCGCGCGCAUGCGCGUUGGGCGGGCUGGCGGCGGAGGGGAAUUACAAUGGAAGAUGAGGAGGUCGCCGAGAGCUGGGAGGAAGCGGCCGACAGCGGGGAAAUAGACAGGCGGCUAGAAAAAAAGCUGAAGAUCACCCAGAAGGAAAGCAGCAGGAAAUCCAAGUCCCCCCCUAAAGUGCCCAUUGUGAUCCAGGACGACAGCCUUCCCUCGGGGCCGCCUCCGCAGAUCCGGAUCUUAAAGCGGCCUACGAGCAACGGGGUGCUCAGCAACCCCAACUCUGCCAGCAGGCCAGCCCUCCCGGUGAAGACGUUGGCGCAGAGGGAGGCCGAAUACGCCGAAGCCCGGAAGCGGAUCCUGGGCAGCGCCAGCCCGGAGGAGGAGCAGGACAAGCCCAUCCUCGACAGGCCCACAAGAAUCUCCCAGCCGGAGGAGGCCCGGCAGCCGAGCAAUGUGAUCCGGCAGCCGCUGGGCCCCGACGGCUCGCAGGGCUUCAAGCAGCGCAGAUAGGAAUGGCCGUCCGGCCGACUUGGCGGCACGAGAGCGGGCACUUCCCCCACCCUGGGCUGCGCGGUGGCGGCAGCGGACACACGAACCUGAGCAGGGGGAAACUACCCGGGUGACUUGCACUGUGAUCUCCUCCUCCUCCUCCUCCCCCCCCCCCUUUGCUCUGCCUCCUGUGCCCUUCUGCCUGCCCUGGCACUGUGACCCCCACCUGCCGCUUCCCCCACUGGGAUUGGCAUACUGAGGGGGCGGGGGCACGGCAGGGCAGGGCAGGCUCAUCCAGGUUGCUGGGCUUGUCCACACAGCCAUGCCUGCCAAAGCCAGCACCAGCAAUAAUAGUAAUAAUAAAUGUUUGCGUCUCCGGGCGGGAUGGCAGAAGGGCUGGGCGGCGUUCUGCUUCUGGGAAUGUGCAUGUCUGUCCAGGUUGCUUGAGGAGCGAGGAGCUAGGCUCAGCGGGAGGCGUGCACAGAACUGCAUUUGUUUGCUUUCUGGGAAACGGAGGGGAAGAAGACGCCAGUGACGGAAGGGGCGGGUGUGUUCGCUGUUUGGCUUGUUUAUCUCAGAAGCAGGGGUUGGUAUAGUUCGAAGAGAAGCGAAAUGGAUUUUGAGGCACUUCAGAUUGUAUUGGGGAGAGGUUUUCACGUGUCCGGCUUCCCCUAUCCGCCGCUGCUGCUUUUGCGAAGCAGACGGAAAGGGCUCUCGGCCGUCUGCGUGGUGGGCUUUGGCGAGGCCUCUGGCUUGGGGUGACUCGGCUUGGCCUGCACCCCUGGCCUGGAGGGCGGAGGGGCCGUGGCCGGUGCCUCCCUCAACUGCUUGUGCUGCUUCCAGGCGGAGGGUGGGCAGGUGCUAUUUGCCACUGGGGCGAUGAGCUUCCCCGGCCUUAGACUAGUUUAGCUUCCCUGCUGCUGUCCUCUGCUGAGGCCAUGAAAAGGGAUGGGGGAAGCCCUGUGGCCCAGCGAUGCUUGUGCUGGCCGGAGACGGAAGCCGUGGCAGGCGAGCUGUGAGCUGUGGGCCAGGAUCGUGGCCUUGUUGCUCCAGGUGUGCUUCCAGUCCUGUCCCUGGUCAGUUUGCCACCAGGGGGCCAAAGGAGCUGGGCACAAGCAAUAGCUGCCAUGCGGGGCAGGGAAUGGAUUGCCUUCCCUUGCAAAGUGGGAGGGCGUCGGGCUCAGCUGCUGCAUGCCCUGCAGGGUGCAGAAAUGUGUUUUCAGACGACACCCAAGUAAGACUCAGGAUGGCAAACAGCUUCUUCUGCGUUGCUUUUCUAACUCAGACAGAAUCAGUUGGGUUUUCCUCAAGCAACAAGAAGCCCCUGGUUGGGCCCAAUCCACCUGAGGGCCCUGGCGUGUAGCCAGCAGCUCCAUGCAUGCUGGCCCAGGUCUGCUGCAUUGUAGGUGCUCCUGAGGGCCGAAGCAGUUGGGCCUCCCCCGUCCUCUCUAGUAGCCAUAUUGGGGAGGGGCUCCCCCAGCACCCCCCUUUCUGAGUGACUGUGGGCCUGCUUGCUUCACUGUGUUUCCAGAGUCUGCCUUUCUCUUUCUUUCUUUCUCUCUUUC